AUGGACUACGCCUACGCCGGGAUAAAUGCAAGCAGAUGUGGAUCUCUUCGAGACCUCGAACGGGAAUCAGGGUGGACGAUAGAACUCGUCGAUGAGUUCUGUUACCUGGGCUGUAUGCUGAAGAACAACGGCAGCUACGAGAGAGAUGUUCAGCAAAGAUGCGCUAAGGCCACUUCUGCAUUUAACUCCUUAACGAAAUGUCUGUGGUCUACCCCCAUCACCAACGAAGUCAAGCUGCGAGUCUACCUAUCCGCAAUUCGCCCCAUCAUGAUGUACGGAUCGGAGACUUGGGCAGCACCAUCAACGGUUAUGGAGAGGCUUGACCACAGAACGAAAGCUGAUUAG